UAUAUAUUCUCGCAGAGUGCCGCCAUUUUCAUUAUCCGAAGCCUUUAGCAACAAUCUGAGCGACCUUUUCUUUUUGCAACAAAUUGACUUUCAAUUGAUGGUGAAGCCAAUCUGCACAACACAUUCUUCAGCAUCACAAACAGAGUAUGCCUCCGACAUAAACACCAACAGCUGCAGCAGUAAUAGCAGUAGCAGUAGCAGUAGUUCCAAGUAUAAGGGAGUACGGAAGAGGAAAUGGGGGAAAUGGGUGUCCGAAAUUCGACUUCCCAACAGCCGUGAGCGUAUUUGGUUAGGUUCUUACGACUCGCCGGAAAAAGCAGCCAGGGCGUUCGACGCGGCUCUUUAUUGUUUACGUGGCCGUGAUGCCAAGUUCAAUUUCCCUGAAAAUCCACCAGAGAUCGCCGGUGGGACGUCGUUUAGCCCGCCGGAAAUUCAAGUGGUGGCAGCUAGGUUCGCCAAAGGGGUGGAACUGGAAACCCCGGGGAAUAACAACAGUAUUUUAGGGACAGAAGAGUAUACAUCGUCUUCGUCGGGCGGGGGAGCGACAACGCAAGUGGAGAGUCGUCAUCAUGAAGAAGACAUGAUGGACUGGUCGUUUUUGAGCAUGUUGGAUAAUAACAACACCAAUGAUGGAGGGAUGUCCGAUUAUGGCUUUUAUUCAAAUUUGGGCCAUUUGCCUGGUGGUGACGAUGAUCAACUCUAUCCUCCGCCGAUUGAUGAUGAUGAAAACGGUGGCAGCGCUUUUUCACCGUCAUCGUUUCUUUGGAACUUUUAAGCCAAAUUUAGAUUUCUUUUUAAAAGCAAAUAAGGUUAACUUUUGUGUUUAUUUGUUUGAUGGGAUAAAUCAAGGCGUUUGGCGAAUAUUAGCAGCCAGGAUCGGUGAUUUUCCCACAGAUACAGUGAGAUGAUGAGAUUCCAUUGAUAGGAAGGGUGGAGGUGCCAUCUUCCUGUGUAUACUCAUAAAUCCCCACCAAGAGUGUAGGAGAAUCAAAGAGUGUAUAUUCAAGUGUAGGAAACCAACUUUAUAAGUGUGAGCUAAAUUGCUGUUAAAUAAAAUAAAAGAUUGCUUACAAGUUAAGUUAAACAAAA